UAUUAGCACUGGAUCCCAAAUAAGAGACAAGUCGCGGAGCACCUCUUCGAUUCUUACUCAUAUCAAGUUCUUGUAGCAGUCUCGUUCUGCGUCCACUCCCUGCCAGACAUCAUCAUUCCCUACACCGGAGACAUGAAGCUCUUCACCUACGAGCUCUGGGGCGUCCCCUCUACUGGCUUCUUCGAUCCCUCGAAAACAUUCGUUACCUCCCACUUCGUCUCUCCUCUACUCCUCGCAUGCAUCCGCGCUAUCCUCUGCGUAUACAGCUUCACAACUAUCGCCGUCUCCUACAGUUGGCUCGCAUCCAACACAGCAACCAUCGGCCUGAAGGAUGUCAACAUCGGCUCAUACAAGAUCCAACAAAGCGAGGCCGCCAUCGGCCAGUCAUUCAGCUUUUUCACCUACCUGACUUUCUGGUCUUUGGGCUUCUACUUCCUCGUCAGCAGCAUGCACACCUUCAUGUUUGCGUUCAAGGAGCGCACCUGGCUGCACAACUGGCCUAAGCCCCUUCAGGUUAUGCAUUCCGUGUACUACUCAUGUGUGACGAGCAUGCCCUUCCUGGUUACGAUCGUAUUUUGGGGAACCAUGAACAGCGGUUGGCCAGCCGGUCGCUUCGAACAAUGGAUGAACCUCUCAGUCCACGGUCUGAACUCGGUCUUUGCGGUUGUAGAGAUCCUGUUGCCUGCCACAGAGGCACCGCCAUUCUCGCAUCUCAGCGUCGUUCUACUAGUCUUGUCGACCUAUCUUGGUCUUGCAUACCUGACCAGGUACACACAGGGAUUCUACGUCUAUGAGUGGAUGAACCCAGCCCAUGGUAACGUCAGCAUCAUCCUACAUGUCCUGGGGUAUGCAGCUGGCAUCAUUACAAUCUUCUGCUUGGUCUCGGGUGCCAUUAGGCUGAGGAACAUGCUCGCUCGAAGACUGAAUGAGGGCAAGGACACAAGUGUUCAGGAGAAGGGUAUGAAGUUGGAUGAUGCGUCCGAAACCUGGUCGAGCGAUACCAGUAUACUGAGGCCAAAGUCGUCGCGGAGAAAAGAAGAGUGCAUCGUAUGAGUAUGCAGGAGUCGUUGUACAGCAAAUUUUCUGUCAGAAGCAAUUAAUAGUAUGGUACCUCUUACGUCGUAUCAACCUGAUCAUGAAGAGUUUCAGUCUUGUCUACUUGAACUCACCUUCGUGUCACAGCUUGUAUUUGCAAGACCAGAAUGUCAGAUUU